AUGUUUCGCAGAAACGCAGGUAACGGCACAGCGUACUGCUUCCGAGAUGCUACCUUUGGCGGAACUUGGGAUGUUUUCUAUGAGGGUACUAAGGGGGAAGCAGCUGGGAAGUGGCAGGCGGUGAAUGAUGAGGGUCGGCCGAAGUAUUUUAGUAAGAAAGAUCGUCGUGUUCUGCGGGGAUCGUACGGUGAUUGGAAUAUGAAGGAUGCUUGGCAGUUCUAUUAUGAUCUGGAGACGUAUAAGAAGAUGCAGAAGAUCAGACAGACGUAUGAGCCGAAGGGAACUUUUACGGCGAACCCUUUCUGCGUGGAGGCUUUGAAGUAG